AUGUUUGCAGCCAGACGUUUCGCCGGCAGAACUGUUCCCCGCGCUGGCCAAGCCGCUGCUCUAUUCCACAGCACUCCCCCUUCUUUCGUAAGAGUUGGAGAUGAGGUGCCAGACCACAUGGUUCUGUUUGAGAACUUACCCAGCAAUAAGAUCAAUUUGGCCAAGGAGCUGACGGGAAAGGGAUUGAUUAUUGGAACCCCUGGGGCGUUUAGCCCCGCAUGUUCCGCAUCGCACGUUCCUGGCUUCAUCAAACACCAGAAGCUGAGGGACGCUGGUAGGGUGUUUGUGGUUUCUGUCAAUGAUCCAUUUGUAACCGGUGCGUGGUCGCGGAUGAUUGACCCUCAACAAACGAGCGGUAUCCGAUUCCUGGCAGAUCCCAUGGGAAAGUUUACCAAAGCUCUGGAUCUGGGCUUCGAUGCUAAGGCGAUUUUCGGGAACAUUAGGAGCAAGCGGUAUGUGCUGGUGAUUGAGGAUGGUAAGGUUAAGAAGACUUUUAUCGAACCUGAUAACACGGGUCUUAGUGGUAAGAAAUUCCAGGGUCGUCGAUUUUUCAGGGGAUAG